CCCCCCCAUCAAUCGAACCGACUGCGUUUUCACUCCACCACCACUCUUCCCUCCCUGUAGCUGCCAUGUCCGAAACUUCCUUAAGUUAACUAUACUCCAUGAGUCCAUUGUGUAUCUGCACACAGUGCACUCCCGACAAGACAAUUAUCAGACCAGAAUGAAAUAGAAACACGCAUAGCUUAGCUAGCUAAAGCUUAAUCCCAACCAACUGUUAAUAUCCUCCUUCCUUCCCCCUUCUUCUUAGUCCUUAAGCUCUCUCUCUCUCUCUCUCUCUCUCUCUCUCUAUCCCACCGAAAAAUCCACCCACCCAUUCUAAUUUCCCAACUCUUCAGAAUGGCCACCAGCGGUUUUGAUUUGAGCUCUCUCGUUCUCUUUUUCCAUCUUCUUUUUCUCCUCCCUCUCUCUGGCGCCGCGGCAUCGCCGGAAAACACGACACGCUCCGGUCAAGUUAACUCCAACUCCGUCCUCGUCGCCCUGAUCGAUUCCCACUACACGGAGCUCGCCGAGCUCGUGGAGAAGGCCCUCCUCCUCCAGACCCUCGAAGAUACCGUCACCAAGCACAACAUCACCAUCUUCGCCCCCAAGAACGAAGCUCUCGAGCUCCACCUCGACCCCGAGUUCAAGCGCUUCCUCCUUGAGCCCCGCAACCUCCGCUCCCUCCAGACCCUCAUCCUCUCCCACAUUGUGCCCUACCGCGUCGGCCUUCACCAUUGGCCCGCCAAGCCAGGUGACUCGACUCGCCACCGCGCUCUGUCCCGCGUGCCAGUCGAACUCUCAACAGACGUCUCUUCCGGCGAGCGUCUCGUCAGCUUGGCCAAGCUGACAGGUCCACACGCGGUGGACCGGCCCGACGGGGUCAUUCAUGGCAUCGAGCGCCUCAUUAUCCCCCGGUCCGUACAGCAGGACUUCAACAACCGCCGGAGCCUCAGCUCGAUCUCCGCCGUCAAGCCGGAGGGUGCUCCAGAGGUCGACCCGAGGACGAACCGGCUGAAAAGACCGGCCCCGCCCGCCAAGCCCGGUUCUCCGCCUGCUCUCCCAAUCUACUACGCCAUGGCCCCGGGCCCCGACCUCGCCCCAGCCCCAGCCCCUGGACCGGGUGGGCCACACCACCACUUCGACGGCGAGCGCCAGGUCAAGGACUUCAUCCACACACUCCUCCAGUACGGCGGGUACAACGAGAUGGCCGACAUUCUGGUCAACCUCACCUCGCUGGCGGUCGAGAUGGGCCGGUUAGUCUCUGAAGGUUACGUCUUAACGAUCCUCGCUCCGAACGACGAGGCCAUGGCGAAGCUGACAACCGACCAGCUGAGCGAACCGGGUUCGCCGGAGCAAAUCGUGUACUACCACAUCAUCCCCGAGUACCAGACCGAGGAGAGCAUGUACAAUGCAGUAAGGCGGUUCGGGAAGGUGAGCUACGACACGCUGAGGCUGCCGCACAAGGUGGUGGCUCAGGAGGCCGAUGGGUCGGUGAAAUUCGGGCACCGAGACGGGUCGGCGUACCUUUUUGACCCGGACAUAUACACCGAUGGCAGAAUCUCGGUCCAGGGGAUAGACGGCGUCCUGUUCCCGCCAGAGGAGAAGAAGGUGACGCCGGCGGCGCAGGUAGUGAAGCAGGUGAAGGUGGCUGCCGGGAAGCAGAGGCGAGGGAAGUUGCUUGAAGCUGCCUGCAGGAUGCUAGUCGCCAUAGGACAAGAUUCCAGCUUCCCCACUUGCCAAUAAUUAAAGCACCUACCAUCUUUUUUUAGUAUUCUGCGAGAUCUUCCUUCUAUCAUGGAGAAUAAGAGAAGGUAAUGAUAGAUCGAAGUAGUCGCAGCUGUGGGAUUAUUGUUAAUACGAUAAUCAUUAUUGCCGAUGAGUUCGAUGCAGGAAGAUGUAUAUUGUACAGAGGCUGCAUUGCAUGGCUAGAUGGCAAGGAAAGCUGCAGAGAGAAUAUGAAGUGAAGCCAAUGAAUUGCUUUGCUCUUUAGAUCCAUCUCUCUUUCACUUUCUUUUUUCUUUUUUAAAAUUUGUUUUACAAAGUUCUCCUAUCUGUUGUAUUUUGCUGGUGUGACAGAGGAACCCUGAAUGAUCUGUCUAUAGUUGAGUUGAGGUAAAGUUUAAAAGAGAGAGAGAGAGAGAGAGAGAGAGAGAUGGAGAGUUUGUGGAAUUGAUUUUUUGUAUUUGUGUAGAUUGUAGAUGCGGGUAAGGUGAGGAAAGAGGUCGACUACUCAGCCACUCGCUGCCCCUCUGCUCAAUAAAAAGAAAUGAAGGUUAAAUUCCAUA